GAUGUCCAGCAGCGCUCCGAAUCCAGAGAGGUACACCAAUGCCUUUCAGGAGGACGCUUAGGUUGUGAUUUUUCGUCGCCCAAUAUAUGCGUGUAGUUCCCUUCCACUGCAUUCUGCUAAGUAAACCAGAUUACAUUUGUGGCUUGCGUGACUUCAAUGUCGGAAGCAGGUGUAGGAACAACAGAUGGCGAGAAGCAGGUGGCACGUAGGAUUAGAUUACAUAAGGUGAUGCGGCCGUUGGAUGAGUCCGGCACCGGCAGGUCGCAGGAGGAGUACAACCAGCACAUGGACCGCCGAAUUGCAGAGAUUCUGCCGGCGAUAGCUGAUCUCCCUAUUCCAGGACCCAGUGCCGGACUCAGCUUGCCGGAGGAGUCGCGCGCUUUGGAGCUUCGGCGGCUGCGUAGCGCAAAGCAUGAAAUUGCCCAGGCGGAGGCGUUGGAGCUCGCGACCCUUUUCGACAUGUCAAUGCCGCAUCAACUGGACAAUGCCCCUCCGCUGACGCCUUGGACGGGGGCGCUGCGGCCUGUUCCACGCAAAAUUGUGCUGAGCCCUUAUCAGUACGAGAUGAUUAACUAUCAGCGCAUGCUUCUACGCAAGAACAUCUGGUACUACAGGGAUCGCUUGAACGUGCCCCGCGGUCCGUGCCCUCUGCACGUGCUGAAAGAAGCAUGGGUGUCGGGCGUUGUGGACGAGAACACGCUAAUGUGGGGCCACGGCCUUUACGACUGGCUACCUGCCAAAAACAUCAAGCUUCUGUUGGCCAUGGUUCGCACCCCGGAGGUGCGCCUGGCCACGUGGAUCAAGCGAACCUUCUCGCUGAAGCCCAGCCUCAACCGCAUUCGCGAGCAGCGCAAGGACCAGCGCGACCCCGAGGCGCAGUCCCUGCAGGUGGAGCUCAUGCGGUAGAUGGAGCUGUGCGCGCCGCCACCAACCUCGCAGCCGACUCCGCUAGCUGCGGGCUAAGCAGGGGGCGGAGGAAGCAGCAGCAGCGGACCGGUUCGAAGCGUCUGUUACGUGCCACGCGCAGACCUUUAGGUCUGCUGCGUUUGGCUGCGGGCUGCGGACAACUUGGGCGGGCAGCAGCAGCAUCGUGCUGCGCAUGCAGGAUUUGUGGGGGUGAGUGAGGCGGCGUCACGGCAGGCGUCAAGGGAGGGGAAAUACCGGUGAGGAGCGCAGCAGGGACUAGGAGCGGCUGGGCUGAGGCUGCAGAGGCGGGAUGGGCUGCACAUGGGGCAGGCGGCAGCAGCAGCAGCUGCGGCGGUGGUGGUGGUGUCAGCAGCAGCAGCAAUCACGGCGAGACGGGGGCUACCAGCAGCAACCGCCGGCGAUCUCUAGUCGGGGUCACCUGCCUAGCCGGG